CUUCCACCCCUAUUUUUUUCCCGCAUCGGGUCGCACCGCGCCGCAUGCCCCCCAACCCGACUCCGCCGCGGCGCACGACGACGUCCACGACGGCGCAGGGCCGGGGCCGCCGCGAGGAGGAGGAGGAGGAGGAGGAGGGGGGCAUGGCGGCGGUCGCGGAGGAGGAGGAGGCGUUCGAGGAGGUGGACCCGACGGGGCGGUUCGGGCGGUACGCCGACGUGCUCGGCCUCGGCUCGGUGAAGAAGGUGUACCGCGGGUUCGACCAGGAGGAAGGGAUCGAGGUGGCGUGGAACCGCGUGCGGCUGCGGGCGCUGGCGGACCGCGACCCCGGGAUCGUCGAGCGCCUCCACGCCGAGGUGCGCCUCCUCCGCUCCCUCCACCACGAGCACAUCAUCGGCUUCCACAAGGUCUGGCUCGACCGCGAGGCCGGCGUGCUCAACUUCAUCACCGAGGUCUGCACCUCCGGCAGCCUCCGCGAGUACCGCGACCGCCACCGCCACGUCUCCGUCAAGGCGCUCAAGAAGUGGGCGCGCCAGAUCCUCCUCGGUCUCGACCACCUCCACACCCACGAUCCCUGCAUCAUCCACCGCGACCUCAACUGCAGCAACGUAUUCAUCAACGGCAACACCGGCCAGGUCAAGAUCGGGGACCUCGGGCUGGCGGCGAUCGUGGACAAGACCCACGUGGCGCACACGAUCCUGGGCACGCCGGAGUUCAUGGCGCCGGAGCUGUACACGGAGACGUACACCGAGUCGGUGGACAUCUACUCGUACGGGAUGUGCGUGCUGGAGAUGGUGACGCGGGAGAUGCCCUACGCCGAGUGCGACAGCGUCGUGCAGAUCUACCACAGCGUCACCCGGGGCGUCCCUCCCGCCGCGCUCAAGCGCAUCAGGGACCCCGAGCUGCGCGCCUUCAUCGAGCGCUGCAUCGGCCAGCCCCGGAACCGGCCGUCGGCGGCCGAGCUCCUCCAGGACCCCUUCUUCACCGGCAUCGACGACGACGACGGUAGCGCCGGCACGCUCGUCGUCGGCUAGCUCGAUCGGCCGGGAGAUGUUAAUUUAACCAGCUGGGUAGGAAUUGUUGUUGUGAUGUCGAUUUGGAAACAAAUAAAUUGUUCUAAAUCAAUCUCCAGCGAGCUCGCAAAUGUUUAUAUAGGUUCAUGUCUCGCGGGGGGGCUUGAGCAGCAGUAGCUUUCGACGUGGUUAAUUAGUGGCAAGUAUUGUACUGUUUGUUCUGUUCUUUGGUUUGUACUGAUUCAUGGGCUUCAAAGAAAUGCAAGAUGAGGAGCUGUAUUUGGCCUUGGCUUUGCGUGUUACUUUAGUUCUUUCAAAAGAAAGAAUUUAUUAUUAUUUAUGGUUGUAUUUUAUAAAGGUUUGAGAUUUCCAUGAGCUGGAUUGUUCAAUACUAAAAUUAUAUGGAUGUAGACGUGAGACCCAAUCAAUAUCUGAGAUAUCUCGGG